AUGGGAAGUCGACAGAACUCCAUGGAAAAGGGGUCGGACGAAACUGAUGAGGGUUAUGACGGCCCUCCACCCUAUCAGUUCAUCUUGACCAACCACCUACGAAACGUUUCAGGGUUCAAGGACAAAUACGAAAGUACUAUUGACUUGCAAAAUCCGGAACUCGAAAGUGAGGAAGAGGGUAUCUGUGCGAGGACUGCGAGCAAUGCAGGCUAA